CCAGUCCAGAUGGUGGCGGUAAUGCUACGUCCGGGUAAUGCCACGUCCAAUGCUUGUCCAUAGCAAGGUAGCGAAGAAGAUGAAAACAAUCAUGAGGAAGUUGGGAUAGCUGGCUGUGUAGGUAGACUAUUGAAUACUUUUGCAAUUUUAGGCCAUCGUUAGCCUUUUAUGCAUCUUCAUGGAUGUUAUAUCUUUGGUUUUACAAGAUGCAUAUGGCCGUGUGCAGUUGGGAGGACUACCUAGUAAAGAUUUUCGGGAAUUGGCGCCUGUCAUCAGUGCGAGUAUUAGCAGUCCCUCUGUAACUAGUCGUCUUUCUCCACCUUCCAUUGAAUCUGAUAAAAGUUAUCAAAAGGAGAAGGAAAUCAUAUCUCACUGUCAUGGAAAUGUAGUUUUACAAGUUACGCCUCUGGCUCUCUCACUUGUUGAAAAAAUGUCAGUCAAACUCCUGGAUCACAAGUCACCACAGGACCUCAGACUGUACAUACAAAGUCUGUUUCGGGUGCUUCAUGAAGAAUUCAAUUUCAUUUCCAGCACUUUAUCCCUUUUUGGCAACAGUAAUCGAUUGUUCUCCCAUUUGGCAGCAAAAUGUCUAUCCUCACUCUUAAUUUGUGACCUUCAGAGUUCAAAUGCACGUGGCAUAGUGAUGCAAAGGAUGUGUGAAGAGGCAUUCCAAAUGCACAGUUCCUGCUAUAAAUUGGAUGCUGCCAUCUGGUCCCUUACGGCUGUGAUAAAGGAAGUCCUCAAAGGAAACACUGGGCAUAAGUCAGAGCACAUUGAAAUAUUACUCACAAGGACGGACUCAGGUAUCACAUCCUGGUACUCGUCUCUUCUCCUGGCUGAGGACAUUAGGAAUGCUGGUGACUGGGAGACAACACUGACCACAUUCAUGGACCUGCUGGAAGCCCUCACUGCUGCCCGAUUCCGGCUGGGCACCUGCUUCUCAAGCCAGAGGCUGUUAUUCCUCCAAGCUCCAGUUCUUCUACAACUUCUAGACACUCGUGUAGACUAUUAUGUAAAGAAGCAUGUCCUUUUGCUCCUGAAGAAAACACUUCUUCAGAGGACUGGUGAGGAUUGGCUCUCAGGAGCCCCAUUCCCCACAGCCCACGGAGAUCCGUACCUGGCUGAGGAUAUGGGUGCACUCACAGAGUCUGUGCUAGAGGCAAUGGACUGUGGUUGGCUGAGUCAUGUGCCUGUGAGCGCCAGCCCCAGUUUUUUUGGUGGGACCAACCAGUCAUGUUCAGAAGAGAGAGCUGAUGAUGUGAUGUUGAGAGCGGUGAGCCUGGUUCUUCUGAAAUCUUUGGAACACCAAACACAGUCCGCUCAUUCUAAGAGUGGCAGCCAGACCAUUCAUACGUUGAGGCAUUUAACGAAGUUACUUCUGUUCCUGAACCAGCAUUGUGUUCAGCUGAGGCAGAGCUGCCAUCCUUGUUUUUGUGUGUCACUGGUGUUUGCGGACCAGGAUGAUGACAUGGUAGAGGCUGCCAGGGCGUUAAUUAUACUACACACACAUCAGAAAAGCUUGGGUGUCCUCUCUGCGGCCAGCUCUUGUGAGAAGGGGUUGAACCCCCACUGCCAUUUUGUGCUACUCCUUAGGGUUCUAAUGUUCGACCACUCUGUGCUGCUCGACUUCCUGAUCUCUUCGGAAACUUGUUUCCUGGAGUACAUCGUCCGCUAUUUGAAGCUCCUACGGGAUGACUGGGAGGGCUUCUGCAAUUCGUGUCAGCUCAUUGAGGGACAGGACGUCCAAAGGCAGGGCAGAGGGUGGAGGAAGAACAGUAGCCAAACGUCAGCUAUGCACGACAGAUCCACUGUAAGUGAAAUGAGAGAAUGUCAUUCAGGUGACAGUCCGAGCAACGCCUGCUCGGGCCCACAUGCGUGCUCACGUCUGGUGGAUUAUGGGAGUUCGGAGGACUCCGGGGAGGAGAAGGAAGAGGUGGAUGUGUGUGCCGGCACACCUGACACAGGCCGAAAAGUUCCAGCAGGGUCUCACCGCUCAGAGGGAGACAGACAGUGUGUCUCCCUGCCAGACUCCAAAGCAAGCUUGGAACCAAGUAAGCAGGUAGCUCUUGUCAAGUGCACACAGACAUCUCUAGCUCAAAAAGUAGUGCUUUGCCUCAUGGAACUAAGGACAGUUGUGUCAAGGCUACAGAGAAAGAACCUGUUUCCCUAUAAUCCUGCCUCACUCAUAAAGCUCCUGGCACUAAUUGAAGAAAAAGUGGAUUGAUUCGCUAGUUUUCACUGGUGGAUUCCAAAUGUAAUGCACUUAAACAUGUAAAUAUGAUUUCAGAGGUGUCAAAUACAUCAAAUAAAGUCAAAGUCAAAAACAUCAAA